ACCCUGGUAAUCUUAACACCUUUAAUUACAUACCAUGAAGUUUCAGCUGUUCGAAAGCAGACUAUCAUAGAGUGGUGUUAAUUCCAAAGGGGAGGGGCUUGCAAACAAAAAAAAUCACAGAAAGAGGUGGGAAGCAGUUUAAUAUUUAUACCAGCAACUUUUUAACAAGUCUUACAAGUCUGUUAUUGCUCAAGGAAGUUCCCGAAAUAUUGCACCAAUUUAAUCUCACUUGUGGCGCUUCCCAGGAUUCCAGAAAUGGCCCAGUUGGAUUCCAGGCUGCUUUACUUAGCUGUGGGUGUCUUCUUCAGUGGAUCAGCCCUUCACAAAUUAAUGAAGAACAAGGUGAAGAUUGAAAAUGCCUCUGUCCCUGGUCUCCUGUCACUGCUCAUAUUGGGGAUUUUCUGUUUCUUCAUUUUGUCUGACAGUUUUGGCUUAACUCUAUUAACUCUAGCAUGUACCCUCUAUUAUUAUUCCAUACCUGUCAGAAACAUGUUAAGCGCCGAAGGAAAGUCUGUGCUUAUUACAGGGUGUGAUUCUGGGUUUGGACAUGCACUAGCUAAGCACCUGGAUGAACUGGGCGUUCAUGUCUUUGCUGGUGUGUUGGAUAAGAAAGGGCCUGGCGCUGAAGAACUGAAAAGGGUUUGUUCAUCACACCUUUGCCUAAUCCAACUUAAUAUCACCCAUUCAGAGGAGAUAAGGGAGGCCUACAAGGAAAUCAGCAGUCAUGUGCAAGAUGCAGGACUGUGGGGCAUUGUGCACAACGCUGGGGUACUUGGUUAUGUGGCUGAUGGAGAACUAAUUCCUUUCAGUGUAUAUAAGCAAUGCAUGGAUGUCAAUUUUCUUGGUGCGGUUCAGGUCACAAAAAUAUUUGUUCCAUUGCUGCGGAAAGCCAAGGGAAGGCUAGUUAGCAUCUCCAGCAUGGGAGGACAUGUCCCCCUUAAAGGGUUUGCAGCAUAUGCCUCAUCCAAGGCAGCUCUUUCAAUGUUUUCUGCUGUGAUGCGACAGGAUCUCUCCAAAUGGGGUGUAAAAGUUGCUGUUGUUUGUCCAAGUGGAUUCCGAACAAAUAUUUUUGGUUCUCAAGAACAAUGGUGGUGCCAAAACCAAGUCAUUUUGGAUGAUGUCAUGCCAGAUGUGAAAGGGGAUUAUGGUGAAGACUAUAUCGAAAACUUUAAGGGCCUCUACCAUACAAUGCACAAGUUUGGUUCCUCUGACCUCUCACCUGUCCUGGAAGAUGUGUGCCAUGCUUUACUGGCUCAAACCCCAAAUCCCUCAUAUACACCUGGAAGAUUUGCAUACUUAAUCCCAUGUUUAUACUAUUACUCUCCUCAGUGGAUUUCUGAUAGGAUAUCGAUGCAAAGUUUCCAGACACAAAACAACAUGCUUCCUAGGGCUUUAAGGACUAAAAACAAGACAUAAAUUAUAAUUUAGACAUAAACCUCAACUUGAAAUUGGAUCAUUUGAAAAACAUGAUGAAUACUAACGUGUUUUUCCUGUCAGAAUUCAACAGUUUUUAACUUUUUAAUAUUAAUUAGAACGUGAGAAUUCUUAUUACACAAAUUUUCACUUGCGGCUAAAUUGACCAUAUACAGCAACUUAAAAAUAAAUUGAAGUGGAUCCUAGUCAAUGAAAACUUGACUAACAUUUUAAAAGAUAAAAAAACACAAUUCUGAAAAUGGGACCCGUGAUUAUUAUACGUCACCCCAUCUGAUGUAAGCCGUGUUCUCCUCUCUAAUUAGAUCUCUAAUUAAAUAACUGGGUAUGGGAGACUCACAUAAGCAUGGGGGAAAGAGCACACUCUUGUGAGAAUAUCAUUUGAGGUCCUAUCCUACAAAAAAUGGUAAAUAGGGGCAUUGCCUUAACAUAAUUAACAGUGAUGAUGAAUUGUAAACAGUAGUUUAUGCAAAUCCAGAGACCUUGCAACGAGCAGAAGGAGAUUUUGAUUCUGAUCUUGUUUUUGAUUUUGACAAUUCAUUGUCAUGGUCAACUGUUAGGCUUGUUUAAAAUGUUGAUCUUCAAUUGUUGAAAUUCAUACUCUGUCCAAGCUAAACAUAUAUGAUCGUAUUACCUCUCGUAAAACUAGCCACUAUGUUAAUUUGUAAAUAUUACUAUACAAACUGCAUGUCAGGCAUCUGUAAGAGACCUGACCUAUCCGAUGUCUCCCCUUACCUUUUUCUCCUGUCCUUCCUUAGUCUCCCUUCUUUUCCCAAUGGUCCCUCUCCCCUACCCUUAAUAAUGAGACAUAAUAUAUGGAUGUUGGUUGAACUGAUCAAUACUUUAUUGAUACUCUCAUAUAUAAACGUUCAUGCUGUUUUGUUAUAUACACUUUUACCUUUAAUAAAAACCUGGAAAAAAAGAGCCAAACAGGCCCAAACAGA